CCCUAUUCAUUCGCAAGCAUGUGGUACUUUCCAUAUUCGAACAUUCAAAUUAAAUCAAAACAAAGUUUAGUUUGUAUAAAGUUUUUAAAUAUUUAAUUAAAGUUUAAUAAUUUGAGUGAACAUAGGUUUUAUACAGUAGAAAAUGUCCGUUGAACCCGAUAUCGCCAAAGAAGCGGUACUUAAACGAAGUGAAAAUAUACCGGAAAACACUCCCAUUGUGCUGGGCUAUGAUUGGAAUCAAGGAAUUGAUUACUCAAAAUUAUUUGAGUCGUAUGUUAAUACAGGGUUUCAAGCUACUAAUCUUGGAUUGGCAAUAAGAGAAAUCAAUCAAAUGCUUGAUUGUAGGCAGCAGCCGUUGAAACCUGAAGAAGCCGAUUUGCAUGAAACGGAUGAAUUCAUUAGACGAAAACAUAGCUGUACAAUAUUCCUUGGAUUCACAUCUAAUCUAGUGUCGUCGGGAUUACGGGAGACAUUAAGAUUCCUCGUUGAACACCAAAUGGUGGAUUGUGUAGUAACGACAGCGGGUGGCGUUGAAGAAGACUUUAUUAAAUGUCUAGCACCCACGUACAUGGGAUCAUUCGAAUUAUCUGGCCGAGAUUUACGGGAUCGUGGUAUAAAUCGUAUAGGUAACUUGCUUGUACCGAACGAUAACUAUUGCAAGUUUGAGGAUUGGCUCAUGCCGCUACUUGAUGAAAUGGUAGAAGAGCAAAAAACGAAAGGCAUGAUUUGGUCUCCUUCUCGUAUUAUACAACGACUUGGGGAAAGGAUAAACGACACCAGUUCAAUAUACUACUGGGCUGCGAAACAUAAAAUACCUGUAUUUUGCCCUGCGCUUACAGAUGGUAGUCUAGGUGACAUGAUGUAUUUCCACUCUUUCCGUCACCCUGGAUUAGUGGUAGAUAUUUUGUCCGAUUUGCAACGUCUAAACACUAUGGCUGUGAAAGCCACCAAAUCGGGAAUGAUUAUCAUUGGCGGUGGUAUAAUAAAGCAUCACAUAUGCAAUGCGAACUUGAUGAGAAAUGGAGCAGAUUAUUCCGUUUUUAUUAACACAGCUUCGGAAUUCGAUGGCAGUGACAGUGGUGCUCGACCAGAUGAGGCUAUUUCUUGGGGUAAAAUAAAGAAAGAAGCUUCACCAGUUAAGGUGUAUGCAGAAGCUAGUUUAGUAGUGCCAUUGAUUGUUGGUGAGACUUUUGUUAAAAGACAUUUUAAUGCAAAAAAGAAUAACGAACCAUGAUAAUAAAUAAUUGUAAAAAAUGCAA